GUUGUCAUACGAUCAUUUCAGUUAAAACACGUCUCGAACAUUAAAAAUAUGAAGACUGUAUACUGUUUCUGUCUUAUUGUGAAUACUUUAUUGCUUGUUCGUAAUAGUGAUGCAGGAUUGGUCAGAGAUAUAUUCGGCUCAGUACACGAUGCUGCUCACAAAGUUCGUGAUGAUAUUCAUCAGACAUUUUACCCUAAACAAGACCAAAAAAAGGAAACAGUUGAUGUAGUUCACGUUGCCGAUAAUAAAAAUAAUGAUAAUAAUCAGUUCGUUUUCGUUACAACAUCUACUGCUGCUACUGUAAAUAAAGAAGUAAGCAAGGAACCAACUGGUUUUGUUAUGCCGAAGGAUGACGAUGAAACCAAAUUCGUUUUUCCAUCGAUGCCAACAACUGAAGCCACGGUGAAUAUAACUUCGACUACUGUUAAAGAUGGAAGAGAGAAUUUCGCUGGCGGAUGUUCUACAGGCUAUGAACGAACCGCUGACGGUCGAUGCAAACCUACUUUCUAAUUAAAAAUUACUUAAAAGUGUCUUUUGAAAAAUUAUACUAUUUGCUAGUACAAGA